AUGAAAUCUACAAAUCAAAAUUUAGUUUUAUUGGCAUCUGACAAGACUAUUCCACCAGAUAUUGAUGUAUAUGAGCUAGAACCGUAUCUCCUUUUCAUGCCAGGAAAGUUUAAGGACACUUCUGUUGAUUAUCAAAUGAAAUUAAUUCAACAUUUCCAAGAUUCACUUGAUAUUCUUAAUAACGCAAUAAAAGAGAGCGAUGAAUUGUUAGCCAAGCAAAUUGAAAGAGUUAAAGAGAUACAAAAGAAAGUUCCAAAUAAUUUACAGAUUACAAAUGCAAAUAGAGAUGAUGUAAUUAAAUAUUAUGCUUUAUUCGAGGCUCAACAACAUCUUAGCAAUAAAUUAGAGCAUACACAUCUCGCUUCUUGUCGAGAAUAUGGCGAUCUUUUACAAAGACUUCUUAAAUUCACAGAAUGGCUAGUUCAGCAUCCACAUUUAAUUUAUGUGAACCUAAAAAGAGCCUUACCAAGCGUUGCUGCAAAAACUUAUCACGCCGAUCAAAAAGUUUUCAGAGAAUCAAGAGCAAUAAAUCUUGCUUACCGCGAACAAAUUGCAAUUUGUAACUGCUACCCGCCAAACUACGUAUUUAUUAACGCAAACAAAGUUUUUUGCCAAAAUGCAGUUGAUCAAGCAAUGGCAGCAAGAAAAGCAGCUACAUCAUACUUUGAAGAAAUACCAGUCGAAGAUGACUUAUUUGAAUUCUUCGAUUCUCAAUUUGCUCCACUUUCGAAAGAAAAUCUUGUUCCAAUAAAAAUUGCAUCAGAUUUCGAUUCAGUUAACUCAUGGCUUGAACGAGCUAUUGAUGUAAUGGUGAAAUACGAUGGAAUUGAGAAUACAGAGCGAAAAGAAGUUAUUGUUAUAUUAUUAUUACGUUAUUUGUUCAGAAGAACAUAUCCAUUGCUCAAACCAGAGCUUUACCAUAGUCCAAGCCUCUUAAGAACCAUGGAAUUCGUUGCAAAUAGAACUCCAAUUGAAAAUAAUGUUCCAGAGAAGUAUAUUCCGGCAAAAUUACGAAACGAACCUACUAAAGUUUUGUUUAAGAGCAAUUCCAUUGCAUCUGCACCUGUAGAAUGGCUAAAUCUUGUUCAAUUUAAGGUAUGUCCUUUAGAUAUGGCAUAUUGUAUCUUCAAAGUCCACGAAAGCCUAUCAAUUAUGGUUACUUUAGAAGCAUCCCAUGGAAAUCCUGAUACUUCUGACUUCUUUGCCCAAAUGCCAGGAUUUGAUGACAUUUUUGACAUCUGGAUUUGUCUUUUGUCAGUUGCUACUAUAUGUGAUCCAGCAGGAAUUGUCCAAUACAUCAUGAAAUGGUCGAGAUUGACUGGAUUUCCUCACAGAUUUAUGGCUUGCUGCGCCUACUUGGAGGCAGCCGUGGAGCAGCUUAACAACAGGAUCUCUCUGUUGCCAGAACUUUGUCCGCCAAAACCUGUAGUUCAUGAAGAGAUUAUUCUUCCUGAAUAA